AUGAGCAGCACGGGUAACAAGGACUUCCGCGAUCAGCUGGGCAAAUUCCGUCUCGAUUCCAUCGGAUCUUCUGCCUCUCCGGUCUGGUCGCAACCUGCCCCAGAGUCCACACCCAUCCCCGACGGCGCCUCAACGCCACCUUCUCGCAGCAAGCGUGUAUCAACGGCCUGCGAUUUUUGUCGCAAGCGCAAGAAGAAAUGUGACUUCCGCUAUCCCAAUUGCACUGCCUGCACCCGCGCCGGAGUUCGCUGCACCAUCCCACCACCCGGCCCCCAAGCCGCCAAUGCUUCGAUACCUCGAGACCAGUUGGAGAAUUUACAGAAAAGAGUGCGAUGGCUGGAGGAGGUAGUGUGCAGGAAAUCAGGUAUCGCCGUGGCGGAGCUUGCCACGGGGACUCCGGUGGAUGGCGAGGGUGAUCCGGAUUGGUGGUAUCAAAUCCCCGCGAUGAUUGCGACCGGUGGGAAUCGCCCGUCCACGAAUUCCAUGCCCAGCCCAGGCAGUGGCGGCUCCUCUGUAACGGCUGGUCCAGCAGGGUCGGAGUCGUCAACGGGAGUAGGCACCGAGCUACCCAAUGUGGGCGAGAUCUUUCGCGAUCAAUUGGAGCAUCGCAGACCGUCUAUGGCGCGUCCGACCUCAGCUCCGCGAGUACUACGUCUGUCAUCGCUCGACGAAGCGGAGCGGGUCGCCGAGCAGUACUUUGAUAGCAUGGGCUACCAGUAUCCGUUUAUCUCACGUCUGGAGUUCAUGAGCCAUCUCCGGCAUAUAUAUUCUGGCGGUGUGCCAUCGCCUGAAGUUCAUAAUACUUACCAUAUCAUCAUCGCGAUCUCGCUGUUGAUCGGGUCGGCGGGUGCGUCGCAGGCUGUCGAGUUCUACCGUGUAAGUCAGGAGACUUUACCCUUGGCACUACAGAACGAAGACUUGGCCGCCGUGCGGGCCCUGCUGGGCCUGGCGCUAUAUACGAUGUUCGCUACAGCUGGCCCGAGCAUUUGGCAUGUGCUGGGUGCCUCCAUGCGAUUGUCAAUCAGUAUGGGGUUGCACAAAGCUCGCUCCUACGCGACUAUGGCAGAGGAAGAAAUGUCUAAGCGGGCAUUCUGGAGUCUCUACAAUUUAGAUCGUCUCAUCGCAAGCACGCUAGGCCGACCUCUCGCCAUUGCCGACGAAGACAUCAGUGUUGGUUUGCCACGCGAGCUAAAUGAUGACGGAACAGAAGCCCCGGGUGCCAGUUCCAUGACCAUUCCAUUGCAAGUCAUACGCCUUCGCCAGAUCUUUUCGCGCAUUUAUCGUUACCUUUACAGCAGCCUUCCUCGCCUGUCGCCGCAGGAAGUUGCCAUCAUGCUGGGUCAAUUUCGCCGCGAGGUGGACGACUGGCGAUUGGCAGCUCCAGUGUAUCCAUCAGCCCUCCUUUAUUCCACCUCAUAUUACGAUUAUCUGUACUACACAACUCUACUCCUGAUGUAUCGCCCCAGCCCGCGCAAUCCCACCCCCGACGUGACGAGUAUCGUCAGCUGUGGUGAUUCCAGCAUCCAGGUGAUCCGAUCAUACUGGGACAGCUACUCCGUGGGCAAGCUUAAAUGGAUUUGGUUGACUCUGAGCCAAGUUUACUUCGCGGGUAUUACCAUCUUAUGGUGCCUGGAGCAGAACGCGCGCUCAUUGCGCGAGUCCCGCCCUGCGCCAUGGCAUCCCGAGGCGCAGAUGAUGCGUCGUGGCAUCCAGGCGGUCGUCGUAUUAUUAGAGGAAUUCGGCAAGCGGCGUCCGGGAGUUGAACGGCUAGCUGAAACAUUCCGACAUCAGAGCACGAUCAUCUUCAGUCAAAUGGCGUACCAACAGCAGCAACUGGAGCAACAGCAGCAACGACAGCAACAGCAACAACCUCAGCCACUUCUGCCACCCCAACCCCCGGUCACCCUGGCUCCACCACCUCCGCCCCCCGUACCCUUGGCGCCGGUUCUGGAUGAUGUACUACUGGUCGAUGACAGCGGGACGAUGCCGAUGACUGAUCCGCAAAUGGCAGAGCAACUGUUUUAUUCCUAUAAUUGGUUUCAAGAGGAAAUGGCGAGUUAUUAUACCCUUUAA